AUGAGCCGAGCUCCUCUAUUGUCAACCCCUGAGUUUGGGGACGUCCUUACCAUCUAUCUCUCUGUCUUGGCUACAGCAGUUAGCUCAGUGCUCAUUCGACCACACGAAGGUGCUGAGCAUCUGGUGCACUAUGUGAGCAAAGGAUUGCAAGAUGCGGAGGCUCGGUACCCAGACAUUGAGAAACUUGCUUUCGCACUGGUAGUCUCGGCUAGACGCCUCCGACCAUACUUUCAAGCUCACACCAUACAUAUCUUAACCAACCAACCGCUCAGGCAAGUGUUGCAGAAGCCAGAGACUUCUGGGAGAUUGGUUAAUUGUGCCAUUGAACUUGGUGAAUUUGAUAUCCACUACAAACCCCGCCCAGCUACAAAGGGCCAAGAGGUUGCUGACUUCAUAUCAGAAUUCACAGAUCCCCGAGCUUCGACCUCUACCCAGGUCAUAACCAAACCUAGUGUUCCUCCGAGCCAGCUCCACGUCGCCAACAAUGGCAACCUUGACUUGACCCAGCCCUUGUGGACCUUAUAUGUGGAUGGCUCCUCCAAUGCCCAAGGAUGUGGGGCCGGCCUCGUUCUCCUCUUCCCAGACAAGGUUGUCCUUGAGUACGCCUUCCACUUCAAAUUCCACACCUCCAACAAUGAGGCCGAAUACGAAGCACUCCUAGCUGGCCUUCGACUAGCAAAGGAGAUGGGCACCAAGCAAAUUCAGAUAUUCAGCGACUCACAGCUUGUUGUCCAUCAAGUCAAACAGGACUUCACGGCCAAGGACAUCUCCAUGACAGCGUACCUCCAACAUACCCGCCACUUGCUUGGAACUUUCGACGCUCAUCUUAUAAGCCAGAUGCCAUGCUCUAAGAACAGCCAUGCUGAUGCAUUAGCAAGGCUAGCCUCGGCCUUGGAGCAGGGCAUAGGUCGUAACAUCCACAUCGAGUUCUUGGCCCAGCCCAGCACACGGGCACCACUCAUCUGUGUCAUCGAUCACAGCCUUACAUGGACGGACCCCAUCACUCAGUUCUUGCAGAACCAGACACUACCUGCUGAUCCUGCGGAAGCGCGGCGUGUUCGCUAUCGUUCCGCUCGAUAUUUGAUCAUCAAUGACGCCAUAUACAAGCGCGGCUUCAGCUUACCUUACCUUCGGUGUCUGAGAGGAAGGUACCUACGUCCUAAUGGGGAUUCAUUAGGGUAUCUGCGGCAACCACUCAGGCGCUCGCUCCCUAGCACACAAGUUGUAGCUGUGGACUACUUCACCAAGUGGGCUGAGGCCGAAGCCUUGGCCACCAUCACUGCAGCCCGCAUUGAAACUUUUGUUUGGCAAAAUAUCGUAUGUCGCUUUGGCAUCCCCAACACCAUCGUCACCGACAAUGACCGACAAUUUGACAAUGUCAAGUGCAAACAAUUUUGUUCCAACCUCAAGAUACAUCUUUGCUUCGCCUCCCCAGCCCAUCCUCAGUCUAAUGGCCAGGUGGAAGCCGUGAAUAAGAUCAUCAAGAAAACUCUAAAAACCAAGCUUGACAAAGCUAAGGGUUGCUGGCCAGAGCUUCUCCUAGAGGUUCUCUGGUCCUACCGCACCACCUUCCGUACCUCAACAGGAGAAACACCGUUCUCUCUUUCCUUUGGUACUGAAGCCAUGGCACCAGUGGAAAUUGGCCAGCCCACAUACCAAACCUCCACUUAUGAGGCCGAAGUCAAUGACGAGCAGCUAGCCCUGAACCUUGAUUUCAUUGAUGAGCUUCGGAACUAA